AUACAAGUCUAUGGUUACGCGUCAUAUCUGUGCGGAAGUGCAUUAUAAAUUUUCAGUUGUUGGAGGGAACUCUCCAUCAUUCCGGUUCCUCCAUAUUUCUGUUGGGAAGCUAUAUUCGGUUAUUUGUUUAGGUGUAAGCGAAGACAUGCUGCCAUCAAGAUUCCAAGUGGUAAGAACGGCCUCUUCCUUGAUGGCCCGGCCCCUGUGCCUUGGGUCCAGAGUCUUACAGGGGAAGGCCCCUGACAUGGCAGAAGGAAACUCACACUUACUUGUGACCAAUGUCAGGAACAGACUGAGAGAGACCGUGGGAGCAUCCACUAACUGGGGGGAUCACCAACAGGCAAUGGCAGAGAGGGCAUCUCUGAGUUCCCAGCUUGCACGUUCACAAGAUGAGCUACCUGUGCGGAGGAUGAAGGACAGCUACAUCGAAGUGCACCUGCCUUUAGGCACCCAGCCAGACCUGAGAGAGAAAUACCUCACUUACCACAACAGUGUCAGGUUUGGCCGAAUACUGGAAGACCUGGACAGCCUGGCAGUACUCAUAUGUUACUCCCACACAAAGAAUGAUGCCCUGCCACGGUCCCCUCUGUCCAUUGUCACUGCCCUGGUGGACAAAAUUGACAUGAGAAAACACAUCAUCUACCCAGAUUGUGACAUCAAGUUCACAGGUCAUGUGACCUGGGUAGGCAAGACCUCCAUCGAAGCCAAAAUGUUCAUGUCUCAGUUCUAUGAUGGAGCCUACAGUCCUGUGCUGGAUGCCACAUUUGUCAUGGUUGCCCGUGAUCCUGAGAACAAGAGGGCUGCAUAUGUUAACCCACUGAAGUCAGAGGGUCUUGAGGAGGAGAAACUGUUACAGGAAGGAGAGGCCAAUAAGAAGCGGCGUGUGGAGCUAAGCACUGCCUCCUUGCUGAAAGUCGCACCCACUGCUGAGGAGAGGAUGGUCAUACAUAGUCUCUUCCUCAACACACUGGACUCCAAGACGGUGAGUUUCCGCAGUAGAGUUCUGCCUCCGAACUCUGUGUGGAUGGAGGAUGCCAAGAUGAAGGGACUGGAGAUUUGCCACCCACAGGAAAGGAACAUAUUUAACCGGAUAUUUGGGGGCUUCCUGAUGAGGAAAGCGUAUGAGCUUGGCUGGGCCAACGCCUGUGGAUAUGGUGGGUGUCGACCUAACCUUGUUGCUGUUGAUGACAUCCUCUUCCAGAAGCCGGUGGAGAUUGGCUCCCUUCUGCUUCUUUCCUCACAAGUUUGCUACACACAGGACAAGUAUAUUCAGGUCCGAGUUCAUACGGAGGUGCUUGACCCCUUGACAGGCCAGCACAACACCACCAACAUCUUCCAUUUUACCUUCAGCUCCCCAGAGGACGUACCAGCGAUCAUGCCCAGAAGUUAUGGAGAAUCUAUGCUGUACCUGGAUGGAAAGCGGCAUUUUGACAUGACAAUGAGCAGCCAAUGAUGUAGUGAACUGUCACAGAAUAACCUUCAGAGAAGCUUACUGCUAAAUCCUUAACUGUUUCAUAUUUAUACAAAAGAUACUAAUCAUCCCAUAGGUGUAUGUGCACAUUAACAUGUAGCAGGAAAUUUGCUGUUACAAUUCACUUUCUUUAUUAGCAAGCAACUUAACAUUUGUGAGCUCAUUAACUAGUAAGUCAAAAGGAAUACUGUUGUGUCCACUGUACUGUAGGCUGUAUGUCUUGGUUAUGCUUUUAUCCUACUUUCAUUGCAUCAUUACCUCUUUUUGAAUAUUCAACAGCCACUUGUUCAGACAACAAUGAUUGGUUAUGCAUGGAUGCAAUCAGCCUAUGAAAAUAACAGAUUGGUCAUUGGUUGUUUGAGCAAGGAAAACCCACUAGCAUUGGCAGGAAAGUUCAUUUGGCAAUGUACUGUGUUCCAUGUGUGAUUGUCAGGUGUGAGAAUUGCACCUCCACUUGGUAUUUCAAGCAAGGUAAGGGAGGUAGGGUAAAUUUAUCUUAUGAUAGCUUUGUCCCAGAAUUUUGUUCCAGUGAGGCACCGUUCUAACACCAGCUCAUAUCAGAGCUUUACACCUGUACUAUUCAUUUAUCCUGAUGGUUACCUACUUGCAUGCUAUCCACCCCACCACCAGGAUGAAAAGCUGUACAGGUGUAAAGAAUAGAUGUUAAAAAGGUACUCGCUGAAAUCACUGUCAGUUUGAGUAUAAGUAACUUUAAAAAAACCAUUUAGUUACUUGCACGCCACAAGCUACUUCCGACUUAUUGCCUAGAUACAGACUCUCAUCUUGCUGCUAAAUGGUGUUAUGGUGUCACUGAUCUGGAGUACAGAAUGUUACAGCACUCCAAGCCUUUGUUGUCAUGAUAGUCUUACACGCCUUAUACCUGCAAAGCACACAAGUUUCUCAGCGUCUUGUAAAUCUUUUUGUAUUCAAUAUUUUUAUACUCAAGUAAUGUCUGUACAGAUUGCUGUAGUCUGUAUAUGCAUGCUUGUAUGCAUGUAUUUAUGCAUAUCAGGAGUAGCCCUUUGCUGGACUCUUUUGAUGUUAUUGGAAAUAAAAUAUUUUUAAGAAUAAA